CGGCGGUUUCUGCGCAUGCUCCGUCGGCCUCCCGAACUCGCCGCCCGCCGCCCGCCCGCCGGAGACGAGUUCUCAGCCUCCCGACUUCAUGUGAAAGAUGGCCAAUGCGGAAGUGAGUGUCCCUGUGGGGGAUGUAGUUGUGGUGCCGACCGAAGGGAACCAGGGGGAGAACCCUGAAGACACCAAAACCCAGGUGAUCUUGCAGUUACAGCCUGUGCAGCAAGGUUUGUUUAUCGAUGGACACUUUUACAACAGGAUUUAUGAAGCGGGGUCGGAGAACAAUGCAGCGGUUGUAGCCGUAGAAACCCACACAAUACACAAAAUUGAAGAAGGGAUUGACGCUAGCGCCAUCGAAGCCAACGAAGACAUGGAAAUUGCUUAUCCUAUCACCUGUGGGGAAAGCAAAGCCAUCCUCCUCUGGAAGAAGUUUGUAUGUCCGGGAAUUAACGUAAAGUGUGUCAAGUUCAAUGAUCAAUUGAUCAGCCCCAAACAUUUUGUUCAUCUGGCUGGCAAGUCCACCCUGAAGGACUGGAAGAGAGCCAUUCGUCUGGGUGGGAUCAUGCUGAGGAAAAUGAUGGACUCUGGGCAGAUAGACUUUUACCAACAUGACAAGGUUUGCUCCAAUACCUGCAGAAGCACCAAAUUUGACCUCCUGAUCAGCAGUGCCCGCGCGCCCGUGCCAGGGCAGCAGACAGGCGUGGUGCAGACGCCCGCUUCGGCUGAUGGCGGAGUCACACAGAUCGCCAUUUCAGAGGAGAACAUGGAUGAGGCAGGACUGGAGUGGAACUCGGCUCUCACCGCAGCCGUCACCAUGGCCACGGAGGAAGGGCUGAAGAAGGACCCCGAGGAAAUUUCAGAGGACACCCUGAUGUUCUGGAAGGGCAUAGCUGAUGUGGGGCUCAUGGAGGAGGUGGUCUGCAACAUUCAGAAGGAGAUUGAGGAGCUGCUCAAGGGUGUUCAGCAGAGGCUCCUUCAGGCCCCCUUUCAGAUUACAGAUGCCGCUGUCCUCAACAAUGUAGCCCACACCUUUGGCCUUAUGGACACAGUCAAGAGGGUUUUGGACAACAGGAGGAGCCAGACAGAGCAAGGAGAAGAACACUUUCUCUACACUCUGACAGACCUGGAACGCCAGUUGGAGGAGCAGAAGAAACAGGCCCAGGAGCACAGACUGAAGGCGCAGACUGUGCAGAACGUGGUCCUGAUGCCCAUGAACAACCCCAAGCCACCCAAGAGGCCCCGCCUCCAGCGCCCCGCCUCCACCACCGUCCUGAGCCCCUCGCCCCCUGUCCAGCAGCCUCAGUUCACCGUCAUCUCGCCCAUCGCCAUAGCUCCCGUGGGCCAGUCCUUCUCCAUGGGCAACCUCCCCAUGGCCACCCUCAGCCAGGGCUCCAGCCCCGUGACUGUGCACACGCUGCCUUCCGGCUCCCAGCUCUUCCGCUACGCCACCGUCGUCUCCUCCGCCAAGACUAGCUCCCCCGAUGCAGUGACCAUUCACCCCUCCUCCAGCCUGGCGCUGCUAAGCUCGGCCGCCAUGCAGGACGGGGGUGCCCUGGGCAACAUGGCCACGGUGGUGAGCCCCGUGGAGCUGGUGGCCAUGGAGUCCGGCCUGACCUCGGCCAUCCAGGCCGUGGAGAGCACUUCAGAGGACGGGCAGACCAUCAUCGAGAUUGACCCGGCCCCUGACCCGGAGGCCGAGGAGCCCGAGGGCAAGGCCCUCAUCCUGGAGACUGAGCUGAGGACUGAGGAGAAGGUGGUGGCGGAGAUCGAGGAGCACCAGCACCAAGUGCACAAUGUGGAGAUUGUGGUCCUGGAGGAUUAACUGGGGGCCGGGGGCCAGGAGACUCAUUCUUUGUUUGGGAUUUUAAUGGUUUGUUCAUUUUUACCACUGUCCUGCUCAUUUCCACAUAGGAUUCUUUUUUGUUUUGUUUUGUUUUUCCAAUUUAAAAAAAAAAGGAAGAAAAAUCUCAGUAAUGUGACUGAACGUGCUGGUCCCCUGUCUCCCCCCUCCCCCGCCAGGUAAGGUGGACAAAAUCGAUUGCCCUUCUUGAGGGAAGGGAGGAGACCGCUCUGCGGCCCGCCUUGCUGCCGCCUAGAGAGUUUUCAUUUAGACGCGCCGGCCAGCAGGGUGACCAGGACCCCCGUCCAGGAGGCACUGCCCAGGCUGCUCUGUGGGAGUGUUUGUGCCGCCCAGAAUGGGGCCUUUGCUCCUGGGGGGAAGAGUGGGCCCCUGAGGGCCAAGGGAAGGCUGGCAGAGGAAGACGGGGUGGGCAUCCUUCAACAAGGAUGCGGGAAGGAAGGGCCCUUGCUCCCCAGGCUCCCAGAGGGCCACAGCCUGUGGGAAGGGCUUUGGUGGGGAGAGCGGACACAGGGCUUUUUCAAGGCAGUGUGGUCCCCAGGUAGAUCCUCCCCACUGCCCCUGGCUGGAGGCUUUGGAGCCUCCAGGGAAGAAGUCCCAAUCGUCAGACUCUGGUCCUCCCUCCCUUCCCCGCUCUGCAGAGCUCUCCUCCCUAUGGUGCUGGUUGAUCUGGGGAUGAUUUCACCCUUUCCCUUGUGAGCCCGUGCUCUGAAGCCAUCAUUUCUUCUCAUUGUGUAACUCCAGGAGCAAGAGAAUUCUCCAGAUCAGCUGCUGCUCUGACUUGGAAGCGUUCCCCCCCUUUUUUUUGGCUUUGGAAUCUAAAACAGCCACUCAGUUCUUGGUGCUUCCUCUGAUCCUUAUCACCAUCCCUAAACCCCAGGUGGCCGUCUGCUGGAAACCUUUCCAGGCUUCGGAUAAGAACUGCAGGACCCCCCGCCCUGUUUGCCCCUUCCACCAUAUCCCCUCAUUAUUUCGUUUACUUUGGAUGCUGCUGUUGCUGCAAGAUACUGAGCUGGUAGCAGCCUUGGGUCUGGGCAGAAACUGAUGCUGUAACCCGGCCCUUUUGGUGGGCACCAAGCCGCUGUCUCCUCCUGCGAGAGCUGGACUCCCCAGGAAAGAAGCAUUGUCUGUGACAUAUAAUAGGAAAUGUACCGGGAAUGUCAAUAAUAAUGUGUCUGGGGGUUUUGUUCGGUUUCCCUUUUUUCUCUCUAAGGGGUUUAGAACAUGGGGCAACUCUUGUCUCUUUUCCCUUUUGGCUUCCUCUUGCCUUUAGAUUUGGGGAGGGGCAGAAGGCAUAAGGAAGCUGGUUGGUGUUGGGGUGCAGGAGAUGUAGGGGACCUGCUGGAUUCCAGACCGAGAGGAGCCCCCCACACUUGCCAGAGGGAAGAAGGCAGGAUUGGGGGAAUGGGAUAUAUUU